GGCAGAGGAUGAACGAGCGUCAGAGAGAAAGAAGGUAGAGAAGCGGGGUAGCAGGACUUAGCUAACACCAACACUGUCAGCUUGUUUAUCGGAACCUUAGUGCCGUGUUAACGACGUUGAUGCUGCACUUCCAGCAAAAUUACAGUGUGACUCAGCAGACACUUCGUUUAGAGAUGAAAAAUGACAAAAAUGUGUUGUGAGCGGGGAUAGAGAGAAGACAAGGGCAUCUCUGACCGAUUCAGCAGCAGCAGCCGCUCGUGUUGAAGUCUGUGUGGAAAGCCGUCAGUUCAGUAGCACAACCAGCUGAGCUCUGCUGUCGAGCACAACCAGCUGAUUUUUGUCAGUAAAAGCAGGAGAGGGGGAGAAACAGCAGGCUGUCGAAAUGAAAUUCACAGAGCAUCUCUCAGCUCACAUCACGCCGGAGUGGAGGAAACAGUACAUCCAGUAUGAGGCGUUUAAGGAGAUGCUGUAUGCUGCACAGGACCAAGCUCCAUCCAUUGAAGUCACAGAUGAUGAUACAGUCAAGAGGUAUUAUGCCAAGUUUGAGGAGAAGUUUUUCCAGACUUGUGAGAAAGAGCUGGCCAAAAUCAAUACCUUCUAUUCUGAAAAGCUGGCCGAGGCUCAGCGACGGUUCGCCACGCUGCAGAACGAGCUGCAGUCAUCGCUGGAUGCCCAGAGGGAGAGCUCUGCCACCGGGCUGGGCCUCAGAAGAAGGAAAACCAUGUUCGCCCUUUCACAGAAGGAGAGAUGCAAACAUAGAAACAUUAAGGAUCUGCAGCUGGCCUUCUCCGAGUUCUACCUCAGCCUUAUACUGCUGCAGAAUUAUCAGAACUUGAACUUCACAGGAUUCAGGAAGAUUCUCAAGAAGCACGAUAAGAUUCUGGAAACUUCCAAAGGGGCAGAUUGGAGGGUGGCCCACGUUGAAGUGGCUCCAUUUUAUACAUGCAAGAAGAUCACUCAGCUCAUCUCUGAGACUGAGGCUCUGGUCACAGCAGAGCUGGAAGGCGGCGACCGGCAGAAGGCCAUGAAGAGGCUGAGAGUUCCUCCACUGGGAGCUGCACAACCUGCUCCAGCUUGGACCACCUUCAGAGUGGGACUUUACUGUGGAGUAUUCCUCGUCUUGAUUGUCACUGUGGUCAUUACAGGAGCUGUGAAGAUUGGUGGUUCUAAAGUCUGGCCUGUGGUCAGGAUCUACAGAGGAGGCUUCCUGCUAAUAGAGUUUCUCUUCCUUUUAGGGAUCAACACCUACGGCUGGAGGCAGGCAGGAGUUAAUCAUGUCCUCAUAUUUGAACUUAAUCCCAGAAACAACCUCUCCCACCAACAUCUGUUUGAGAUUGCAGGCCUGUUGGGGGUGCUGUGGUGCGUCAGCUUGCUGUCAAGUCUUUUCUGUGAUAACAUCAGGAUUCCGAUGCAGGCCAACCCUCUGGCUCUUUAUGGCUUCUUCCUUCUGUUUCUCAUCAACCCAUCAAAGACCUGUUACUACAAGUCCCGCUUCUGGCUGCUCAAGCUGCUGUUCAGAGUGGUGACCGCUCCAUUUCAUCAUGUUGGAUUUGCAGACUUCUGGCUGGCUGACCAGUUAAACUCUCUGGUGGUGGUUCUGAUGGAUCUGGAGUACAUGAUCUGUUUCUACAGCUGUGAGCUGAAGUGGACAAAAGAGGAUGGGCUUUACAGUGACACAGAAAGCAUGUGUAACACCUACUCCUAUGGUGUGCGGGCGGUCAUCAAGUGUCUUCCUGCGUGGUUCCGGUUCGCCCAGUGUCUGCGGCGCUAUCGGGACACCAAGCGGGCUUUUCCUCAUCUGGUUAAUGCUGGGAAGUACUCCACUUCCUUCUUUGUCGUCACUUUCUCCGCCCUGUACAGCACACACAAAAACUCUGAACCCGAACACAAAAUCUACCUGUACUUGUACAUUGCCUGUUUAAUUGUAAGCUCUUGUUAUACACUGAUCUGGGAUCUGAAGAUGGACUGGGGCCUGUUUGACCGAAAUGCAGGAGAGAACACCUUCCUACGGGAGGAGAUAGUCUACCCGCACAAGGCCUAUUACUACUGUGCCAUAGUAGAGGAUGUGCUCCUGCGUUUUGCCUGGGUUUUAACAAUCGCUCUCACCUCGCUCACCAAGUUUAAAGACAUGGCUGACAUUCUGGCUACCCUGCUGGCUCCGCUGGAGGUCUUCAGACGCUUCGUGUGGAAUUUCUUCCGACUUGAGAACGAGCAUCUGAAUAACUGUGGUGAGUUCAGGGCGGUCCGAGACAUCAGUGUGGCCCCUCUCAACGCCGAUGACCAGACGCUGCUGGAGCAGAUGAUGGACCAGGAGGACGGAGUCAGGAACCGGCAGGGCAAGAAAAGCUGGAAAAGAAGCUACAGCAUGAGUCUGCGCCGGCCACGGCUGGCCUCACAAUCCAAGACUCGUGACACCAAAGUUCUGAUCGAGGACACCGAUGAUGACUCCUGACAUCAGGCCACGCCCCUCGCCUGGGUCCAGAAUUUAUUCAAAGGAGGAAACUCCGCCUCCUAAGAUAGAGAUUACCCAGCGAGCGGGCGAUGAGCUCAAGAACAGGACGAGGUUUGACCUCUGAAUCAUUUUCCCAUCCACAAGCCUCUGCUGGAGUUCACAAUUAUUUCAAGGGAAGAAUUGUCAGCAUUUUAAAGCAGCUCUGCUUCUCCUCCACCUCCAAUGAAAACUCUUCCCAACCCAGUGGGGGCCAUGAUCCUUCCUGAUGAUUACCCAGCAGUGGACUCCUCCAUUAUCGCUCUGAGUGUCCUCAGAGCCUCAGCAUGAACAAUGCAGCUACUGAAAAAGCAAGCACCCCCACCAUGACGUUGAUGCUCAGAGAGGGGCCCUCAGUGGCACCGGGGGUUCCUCUGUUCAUUUGGACCAAACAGUGAGAGAGAAUCUCUUCUUCCUGAACAAGAAAACUGAAACGGUCUCUUCCGCUUCCCCUCCAUCAUGAUGCAGCAGACAGUUCUGAUCAAUGUAUGCCAAGCCAACCACUCCCCCCGGCCCCGCCUCCUCUCUAGCUCCUCCCACCUCAUCAUCACAGAGCUGCCUUCUUGCACUUUACAUGCUUUGGAAACACCAACAUGCACUUUGUAGAAAAGGUCAUUCACUAGAGCAGUGAUUUAUUUCAAUGUUUCUGCAUGAAUGAGGAACCCAGGCUGACGAUCAACACACUGACUGUCAUCAAACAUGUUUGUAAUCAUGAAACAAACUCAUUAAGUCGGUUUGUGAAAAUGUUCAGAAACAAUCAAGCAGAAAUACAAGUGAAGAUCUGGCUGUUUGGGACAGCAGCUGGAAUGACGUUCCUAAUGAAGCAAUGAAGAUCCCACAGCCAACUUCCACUGGGAAUGUGUGAAGAAAUACUUUCUGUUAGAAGACAGUUUGACUGAGAGAGAUGUCCAAACUCAGUGUCUGUCCUCAGAAACCCAAACUGAAAAUCUAAGGGCCCGAAACAGGAAGGCUAAUUGUUCUGUUGUUAGCACCUGUUCAGUUGAAGUGCAUCAAUGAUGAUGAAGAGGAGAGGUCACCUGUCUGUCCCACACUCAUUUACACUGCCAGCAUGGACAUCAUAACGGUGAAAAGAUGCGUUCGCUGCAGGACCAUGUGGCAAAUGAAACCAUCCAGUCUGAAAUCUACCUUAGAACUGGUUCUAGUGGCGCUGGUGCAGAUCGAACAUCAGCUCAUUGGGCCCAAAUAAAGUAUUCAAACCCAGUUUAUUAUUGAUGCAUACCAAAGUUUUACUUUGCUUACAUUUAGGUACCAAUAAAAUUAGUUAAAUGGAUCUCCCUUUAUUUCUGAAGUGCAUUUAAAAGAAUUCUAUUUGAAACAAAAUGCUGUCCAUUAGGCAUGGAGUUAAUACUAUUGUUACAGCUGUUUUAAAAAUGUAAAGCAGUAAUGUGAAGUUUUAAGCCUGUUAAGUUGAGCAGUAAUGCAGUCAUGUUCCAGUCGUUGUAUGUGUGUCUUUCAGGGGUUCAUCUGGCUGUGAGUGUAAGCAGCACCGUGAUCAAUCACAGGUUCUGCCUGAGGAACAUUUCUGCUUCAAAAGCAAGAAAUCUGUGUCAGAAUUCUGAUGACCCGUCCACAGGUUCUGCCUCGACUCUUCACAGGUUUUAAGAUGUAAUCACUGAUCUGUUGGUGUUUUCUUACUGGCUUUCAGUCAACAGUCUGCAGUAGGACGAGUUAGCAGACGCAGCUUCCAUGUGCUGGAAACACCCAGAAUAAGAUGGACAUUAAACUAUGUUAACUGAUCUGCCUCCAAUGUGCUGCUGGGAAUCUGAAUAUCUGGUAUACAUUUGGGCCCAACAUGUACACGUCCAUCAUAGUUUUCAUUUGAAGCUAGUAUGUCGUCCUAAUGUCACCUGCCAGGUUGUGCAAACUCAGAUAUUCUUUUCCUUUAAGGCGUUCUGUAAGGUGAAUAUGUUUGUCAGUGAGCAGCAGUAGAAGCUAAUGCAGUGCAUGUUCUUCAUGUGUUUGUGGCUCAUGUCGGAGCAGAACCUUUAGAUUCUGGUGGUACAAAGAGGUUGAUGAUGCUUUGUGUCUAAUGUUGUGGAUUUCUACCUGGUUGAACAUUAGAGAGCCUCUUGGACUGUUGUCACACUUAGUUUCUUUGCUGGUUGGUUUAACCAAGAGUGGAGAAAGAAAAAUCCAUCCCAUCUUGAUCAGAAGGAACCGGCAUGUGAGUCGGCUCCUCCUUCUGUUGGCUGGCUGGCUCUGCUGUAGAGAGAGAGAGGAUGAGGAGCUCACCUUCAUAUUUUCAAUAGGUACAUUUAAAAAAUCAUGAAAAAUCUCUCUUGUGGUGUUUUGGCUGUUAAUGUCAGCAUUUGGACCAUAUAAGUGCUGUUCAGUUUUGUGUGUGGACGUUUCCUUGUGUUUUGAUGAGGCAGCAGUUGUAGAGCCAUAAGGAGCCUCAGUGUUUCCCACCAGGGCCUGAGAUGAGUGGGAAUCGGUUUGAACUCAGGAUAUUUUCACCUGCUGAUUGUAAAGCAUCGCAGCAGCUUCUGGGCUGCCUGGCCGACAUUUCUGCCUCUUCUUGUCAAUUGUACAUUAACUUAAAAUCUCCAUUAUUUUACAAUGAGAAAAUGGACCAAGAAGUUGACUGACCUAAAUGUAUUUAUUCUCACUUUAACUUAAUUAAAUGUUCAGCCUCAUUUAGGCCAUCUUAAAGCUUUUUAACAUUCCAUAGAAAGAUACAGUCUGUCAAACACAGCAGCCCAUCAUGAGUGAAGAUGCUUAACUCUGGCUCAGACAGAUGACUCAUCCUCCCCUUUUCAUCCUUCUGCUAAAUAUUUCCCAAAGUAAAGCGUCGCCCAUGUGGUCAAAAUCUUUGAAAAUGCUUGUCUGUGAUUUUUAUUUCUUGUGUUUGUCUUCAGAUGCAAUGUUCACUUAGAUCUUACCAUUUGGUAAAAGCGAUGUUUUCUUAAGUUGUGGGCCAUAGCAUAUUUAAAAAAAUGUUAUUUUAGAAAAGGUGUUAAAGAACCUUGAUUUAAAUGGUGGAAUUUGCAGGACCAAACCCAAGUUCUUUCAGAAUGUCUUAGGAAUGUCAAAGUUGAAGAUCUGAAUCAGGAAUAUCUCACUCUGUACCAGCAGAUCCCAACCAACUCCUGACAACACUCCAGAAAGCUGUGCUUUGCUUCUGCCUUCAGGGAACUCUGUGUUCCCUGAACACAGGGAACACAGAGGCCACUCCAACAGUUCCCCUUGUUUGAGAGGCUUGACGAGGGGAAUGUGACAGCUGAAGUCCAGGUCCUGCAUGUCUGUGUGGUGGUUCAUGAAGCUCUGACUCCAGCUGCAGUCCACUCUCUCUCAAUCUUUCCCAUAUUUUUCAACGGGUUUUGUUUCACAGCUUCUAACAAAUCAACUGUUCUGAUACAGAGGUCACUGUGUCAGUUACAUGAGUCAUAAACUGCAGAAACCUGAAGAAUUCAAGUUGCAUGUCUGCAGAACCUUAAACUGACUUUGGACUGAGCAAUAAGUCAACAGUGUUACAGUGUCAAUUGUUGAGAAACUGCUCUGAUUAAUUCAAUGUUCUCUGUAUGCAUCAUUCGGCAAUCAGGGUUGCUUCUGAGGUCUGUGACUGAGCCGACUGCUUCAGGCCAACACCUUCCUCUCUGCUCCAUCUGUCCCUCUGGACGGUUUUUCUCCCCAAAAGGGGUCAUGAUUUUCCAAAGUGUGACUUUUCCUUGGAUGAAGAACAGACUGUGGUCACAUCAACUAACUGGUGUCCGCUUCCAGUAAAAGUUAUGAUGCUCUCCGUCAGUGGAUGAUGUUACAAACAAUGAAAGUUACUGACAUUUUAUAUGUGACACUUAUGAUUUUCAAAGAACAGAUGAUUUAAAAAAAGUUCAACUUUCACAUCGAUCAACACUCUGUGACAUCAUCGUGUUUGUUUGUCUCUUCUAACCAGUUUUCAAAAAGAACACAGAUGACUUUAUCCACACCCUGAUCCUGCUGCACCACACUCUGGAACUCCUGAUUACAUCUUCUAUAUGUGUAUAUAUAUAAUUAUGAAUAAAUGAUUGAGAAGCGUAUAAUCAGUGACUGUGCUAUUGUUGUCUACAUGUUAGCAGUGUGAUGAUACAGAGGUGCCUGGUUCACCAAACUGUUCCAAUUUUGUAGUAAAAAUGGCUAAAACUGCAAA